UUCACAGAGGAAGAGAAGAGGUUCACACUCCACCACAGAGAACGAGAAGAAGAAGAGGAGAGAUUAUUCUACAUUUGGUUUAUCAUGGCGCUGCGGGACGAGCUGCUCAGGUCCAUCUGGCACGCGUUCACAGCUCUGGAUGUGGACAAAAGCGGGAAAGUGUCCAAAUCCCAGCUGAAGGUGCUUUCCCACAACUUAUGCACAGUGUUGAACAUCCCACACGACCCCGUGGCGCUGGAGGAACAUUUCAAAGACGAUGAUGAGGGUCCCGUCUCCACCCAGGGAUACAUGCCGUACCUGAACAAGUUCAUCCUGGAUAAGGUGACGGGGAACUUUGACCAUCAGGACUUCAACAGGAUGUGCUGGACGUUGUGCUCGAGGAAGAACCUGGAUCAGAGUCAGCUGCUCAUCUCCAACGACGACGCCUUCAAGGUCUGGUGCAUCUUCAACUUCCUGUCCGAGGACCGAUACCCACUGAUCAUCGUCACUGAGGAGAUCGAGUACUUCCUGCGUAAGCUAACGGAGGCGAUGGGGGGCAGCUGGGUGGAGGAGCGCUUCGAGGACUACAAGGUGCAGCUGAGCGUGAGGCAGCAGAGUCUGAACGCCUGGGAGCUCAUCCUGCUGGUGGGCUCGGGACAGUUCAUCAAGGGCAUGGACCGCCAGACGCUCUCCAUGGGCAUCAACGAGGUUUACCAGGAGCUCAUCAUGGACGUGCUAAAACAGGGCUACAUGAUGAAGAAAGGUCACAAGAGGAAGAACUGGACAGAGCGCUGGUUCAUGCUGAAGCUCAACUCCAUCUCUUACUUCGUCGGGGAGGACCUGGCGGAAAAGAAAGGAGACAUUUUACUUGACGGAUGCUGCAGUGUGGAGCCGUUGCAAGAUAAAGAAGGGAAGAAGUGUCUCUUCCUCAUCAAGUCGUCACACAAGAGCUUUGAAAUCAGUGCGUCGGACAAGAAGAAAAAGCAGGAGUGGAUCCAGGUCACAUCCCUGACGGUUACAUCCCCUCUCCCCCUCUCAGCCGUGCAGACCUGUGUGAGUCUGCUGCGUCAGGGCCGGCCCAUGCCGCACCGCGAGGCCCGGCAGAAGCGGCGGGAGAUGCGCCUGAAGCUGCAGGCGGAGCAGGAGGAGCUGCAGCUGAGGAUGUCGGAGCUGCAGACGGCCAACGAGGCCAAACAGCUGGAGCUGGAGAACAUGAGGAAGGCUCUGGAAGAGGCGGCGGCGAAAGCAGCAGAAGAAGAACGGAAGCGUCUUCAGACUCAGACGGAGCUCCAGGACCGCUACAUCAUGGACAUCGAGAGAGAGAAAAUAGUCCGCCAGCAGAUGGAGGAGCAGGUGGCACAGAAGUCCACGGAGCUGGAGCAGUACCUGCAGCGGGUCAAGGACAUGGAGGGCAUGUACCGCCAGCUGGAGGACGCUCUGGAGGACGAGAGGAGAGCCCGGCAGGACGAGGAGGCCGUCCGCAGGCUGCAGGCACGGUUACUGGAGGAGGAGGCCGUAAAGAGGGCGGAGCUGGAGGAGUUCCACCUGCAGCAGCAGCGCGCCAUCGCAGCGACGGAGGCUGAGAAACAGGAGCUGGAGAGGGAGCGUCUGAUCAAAGAGAGCGCUCUGCAGGCAGCCAUGAAGCAGCUGGAUCAGCUGGAGCAGGAGCGGCAGGGAGCGCUGGAGCAGUACCAGACGGUGAUGAAGACGCUGGAAGACGCGGCCAACAACACGAAGACCUGGAAGCACAAGGUGGCUGAACACGAGGGCAUGCUGCGGCUCAUUCAACCAGGGUCCAAGGGACAGCAGAUGAUCACCAACUGGGGCCCUGCAGCCUUUUCUGACGCAGAGCUCAGUCACAGGCAGAAGAAAUGGCAGGAGAUGAAGAACCCGGAGGCCCAGGCCCAGUAGAGACUGCAAACAUGUCUAAUAAUCACAAGAGAAGAAGAGAGGGCUGCUGGGAUAUACGGUCUGUGACGCAACGUGUUUAAGUAACGCCUGGAAGACAGAGUGCUCUCCAAAUUCAAGAUUUACCAAGGUGGUAUGAGGCAUUUUAUGAUGAGGGGGCAUUAAGUAAUGCAUUACUUUAUCCCUCUUUGUAGUCGUUCCUGAGAACCAGCACCUACCCGCCUGUCAUACAUUAAUUAAAGGAGCAGGACAGAAACUCAAGUCACAUUUUCACAAAAUGAGCAUUAAGACUUUUAGCUGUGUUGUCAAAUGGAUUGAUCACCAUGUCAGCUGCUUGGUCUUUUAUAAUUGAGCAGCUUUCAGUGUAAAUGGGUAGUGUGUUGGACUACAGGAUGGAAGAUAUUUAUAAAGUUUGAAGAGCACAUUGGCAAAGUUUUGGGUCAUCAAUUGAUUUUUUUUAACCCUGACAACCAUCACAGAUGGAACAUAUAAAAGGACUGGGCUUGUGCAGGCCGUCUCAAAUGUUUUAACAGUUUAGAUUUGAUUCAACUUUUACCUAGUGCCAUCGACAAAUCAGUCCUAGCAUAACAGUCGAUAAAAUGUACCGCAACCACACACAAUUUGAAGACUUCUAAUUCAGGGGCUGAGAAAAGUACACCAAUCGCCACAAAGACUGUGGGCCGCAUGUUUUCUAUAAAUCUAUGUGAGAGUAACAACUCAAUUGUAAAUACACACACACACACACAAUCACCUGGACGUUGAUGUCUGGUGUGACCUGAAGUAUUUCCGGCAUGGUGAUACCAAGUUGGACCACGUUUAAAAUGCACUACUUUAAAGGGACUCGUUCAAAGUUAGACGUUAAUCCGCUCCUAUCAAGGUGUGCUGUCUUUAAAAUAGUGUGAUCUUCUAAAACGGCAACAACCUGUUCUCUUUCCUGUUGUUUCUUAACUUGUUGGGGUCAUAUUUACAUUAAAAAAGAAGGGAUUUUUGUACAUAUCGUUUUGCUUACUCCUGCUAGUGAAGUGUUGUAUGAGGGCAGCAUCCGGAUGACAUGUCUAAUGUAAAGUCACAGAUGUUUAACAAAGUUGUCUUCUUAAAAAAAACUGCCUACAUUGAAAUGCGAUGUACAGUAUGAUUCACUAAAUAUUUCUCAGUAUCAGGAAAGCGCUUUUUUCCUCCAGUUUUUCUGUUUAGAUUAGAAUCUUUCCCUUAAACAUUUCUUGACUGUAAACACUGUCAGAAAAUCACACUCCAAACAAGAAUGCUAACUGCUGAACAUCAGUACUGUGUUGUUGUUGUUGUUGUUGUUGUUGUUGUUGUUGUAACCAUCAGUGCCUUUGAUACUGUCAAGAGUAAACUUUUGAUUUUCUAUUUUAUGUUUUUAUAUAUAUGUAAAAAGCUGAAGACUGAACUAUGGAAUAAAACACACGUGGAAUAA